AUGACUACCCGACCGCAUCGCCUCCAGAAACGCCCCCUCCUGUGUCGACGCGAUGUUGAGCUUGUCGCUGCGUAUACCACUAACUUUAGCAUUUUCAAGCUCCUUCCAUGCGAUAGUCAAUUUUUCCUUGUUGUCGUACCAGUUGCUGUUUCUGUAGGCCAGGGCCCCGGGGCUAUUGUCCGUAGGGUCGAAGCCCGCCCGGUAGGACAUGUUUACGCGGACUAUUAA